CUCUUUUUUUCCGGGGCUCCACUCAGCUGAAGCGGUCUGCUGCUCAGUCCGCUGCCGGAGCCGCGGCUCGUCUCGGACUCUCCGGAACCGCCUCCGCCGCCUUCGGACCCGUUUCGUCGGACGCCUCCCGCCGGAGCCCGGUUCUCCUCCUCCCGCCGGGGCUCUGACGGUGAAGCCGCUCCUGUGCCAGGUGAGUCCGGUCCGGGCUGACACCUGUCCGCCUCCGCUCCGUCCCGGUGUAGCGCCGCCUGCUGGUCGCCAUGGAGCAGAAACAGUGCAACGUCGAGUACCACGACCUGGAGGCGGCCGAGGCACUGGUCAGCAUGAGCUUCUGGGGUCAAAGGUCGCACAAGCCCCGCCCGCUGACGCCCACCUCCGACUCGUGUGACUCCAUUCAGCUCCACUCAGAAGGCGUGGACACUCCCAAGGACCUGAUCGCUCUGUCCUCACUGUGUAUGACUCCGCCUCAUAGUCCUAGCUUCGCCGAGGCCUCCACCACCGCUGUCCUCACCACUGCCACCUCUGCUCUAAGCCCCGCCUUCAGACCGGUCUUGCCUCGCCCCAGCCUCGGCCCCGCCCCCCUUCUCAGCGACGCCCACACCUCAGAGACCUCAGCACUUCUGCCUCACUCUGCAUUGUCCUGCGUGGCCCCGCCCAGCAGAGCCAUGGCCACCAGCGUCAUCCGUCACACUGCCGACAGCCUCAGCCACGCCCACUCCGCCGCACUCUUGGACACGCCCACACCGCCAAAGGCUCCGGAGACGCCUCCAGGGGGUGGGGAUGAGCUGCCGUCGUCUCCCGUCAGCCCGCCGUUGUUUACCCCGUCUUCCGCCCCGUCUUCCUCCUCUGCUCCUUCCUCACCGCCGGUGUCCGGGUCGCCCGUCCUGUGCCAGGUGUUCCCGGUGGGUGGGCGGACCGGGAUGAUCUCCGCCUUCGUCCAGGCUCCGGUGCAGGUGCAGACGCAGGCGGGGCCGAAGCCCAUCCUGCCCCAGUCGUCGUCCGGGUUCCCGCCACCGCUGCUGGUGGGUUCGGCCGUCCCCCAGGGGACCGUCAUGUUCGUGGUCCCGCAGCCACCUGUGUCCCAGACGCCGCAGGGCCCGCAGACCGUCGUGACCCUCGGCAACACCAAGCUCCUCCCCCUGGCCCCGGCUCCGGUCUACAUGCCCACGGGGGCGGGCGGCGGCGGCGCCUCGCAGGCCGACUUCUCCCGCAGGAGGAACUACGUGUGCAACUUCCCCGGCUGCAAGAAGACGUACUUUAAGAGCUCCCACCUGAAGGCUCACCUGCGCACACACACAGGAGAGAAGCCCUUCAGCUGUCACUGGGAAGGCUGCGAUAAAAAGUUCGCCCGUUCUGAUGAACUUUCUCGCCAUCGACGAACGCACACUGGUGAGAAGAAGUUUGUGUGCACUGUGUGCGACCGCCGCUUCAUGCGCAGCGACCACCUGACCAAACACGCCCGGCGACACAUGACUGCCAAACGGGCGUCGUCAUGGCCCGCCGAAACCCGAGACCUCAGCAAAGUGGCCCUGCCCAAGGGACCGCCCCGAGGCUCCGCCCUUCCAGUCGGCGUGUUGAUUCCUGCGGCCAAUUAAAAGCCUCAUCCAGGAGCCCACGAGGGCAACUCAGGACACCAGGGGGGAGGGGCCGCCGCCCAGCCACUGGAACCACACCCACCACGGUCCACCUUCGGUUGAAUCAGCUCAGCCUCCGUCAAGAUGGAACCUCCGACUGCGUUUACAGGAAGUGAGAGGAAGUGGAUUCAGAGCAGACGGAGGCCACGCCAUCAGGUCAUCAGGUUCGUUUGUUCUUCAAACCUUUUAUUUGUGUGAAUUCGAACUCUGCAGAGACAUGAAGUCAGACCGUCGGACAUCUGCAGGAUCAUGUGACACAACCAAGCACUGUCUACGGCGUUAAUGCGGUGGGGUCAAACAUACGGCCCGUGGACCAAAAACAGACCGCAGGAGGUCCAGUCCGGUCCGGAAAAGCAAAAAGAACACUGAACAUAUGAACGGAAAUUUUAUAUGAGACCAGAACCAGAACACAUGAAUAAUGACAACAUGUGAAGAAUCUGAGUGUUAGAAAAGUCCAAUUACAUGAUGAAAAUCUGCCAAGUUUCCUUAAAAAUGUGAAUAACAUAUAAAGCAGAGUCAUGUGACCAAUGUUCAGCCUGUUGAGUAUUUAGACACAGACUGGAUCUGAAAUCCACUUGAAGAACAGACUGAAUAUUCCCAUAUUUACACUGGUUUAGAUUCAAACAUGUUCACAUUUGUUCAGAUUAUUCACUUUUUUUAAACUCUAGUUUUAAAAGGAAGGGGGCGGCCGUGGCUCAGGUGGUAGAUCGGGUUGUCCAAUAACCGAAGGGUUGGCGGUUCGAAUCCCACUCUGUCAGUCCGUUGUGUGCUUGGGCAGACACUUCCUCCUCCAGUGCCACUCACACUGGUGUAUGAAUGCAUAUGAAUGUUUGGUGGUGGGAGGGGCCAUAGGCGUGAAUUGUCAGCCACACUUCUGUCAGUCUGCCCCCCCCCCCCCC